AUGGCAUCCGACGGCAACCCCGACAUUCUGCUUAGCGUGCCCAUCUACAUCCAGGCGCCUCCGAUCGAAGGCGGUGACCGAAACAGACAUAUCCUCAUCAACGUUCGUCUGCUCCACGUCGACGACGACAGUGUCCGUCUCGAGGCGGUGUGGAACUCCUUGGAGGCCAUGCCGUACGGACCCGUGGGUGUCACGGGUAUCGUGGUCCCUCGCAGAGUCGGUCUGCAAGUCUUCUUGCCCCGCGACCCCUUUGUGAUGCCUAUCUACGUCAUCAUCACGCGCCAGAACAGGUUCGGAUCCAGAUAUCAGCUCGGCGCCGCCGUCCACCUGCACGAGUGGAUCCCCGGCAUCAUCGAGGUCGACAUCGAUUUCCUCCGCAUUCGUCGCCGCAACGUUCACCGGUCGUCCGUGUUAAGCAUUGUGCAUGCGCGCGAUGUCGCUAGCACUAGGGCCGAUGUCAAUGCCGAGAACGACAACCAAGACGCUGUCGACGGAGAGGCGGCGGAUUCAACGGAUAUGCAGGAGUGA